AACUAUAAAUAUAAAAAUCAGAAAAAAAUGAGCGCUAACGACGAAAUUACACUUGAAGAUCUUGCUAAAAAAGAUAACAAAGGAUAGAAUAAAAAUUCUAAAUUUGGAAAUAAAAAAGGAAGAGUUGCCGAUAAAGUAAAUGGGGUUAAGAAAGGAAUCCGUCGUACUGGAAACUACUAAAAAGGGAAUAACAAAAAUAACUCUCGAAGAACAAACACUAAUAAUUAAAAUAACUAGAGUGUCCGUACUAUUCCUUAACAUAAAAAACGUAUUGUAAAAGUUUAUAAUUUAGCUCCAGAAAUAACAAAUGAAGAUUUUUAUGCUUUAUUUGUAAAAUAUGGAAUGAUUGAAAAGGCAAGUAUUGAUAUGGACUAAAAAGGAAAAUCUUAAGAAAAAGGAACUGUCGUUUAUAGAGAACAUGAUGCUGCAUAACGUGCUAUAGAUGAUUUAAAUGGAGUUGAGUUAGAAUAAAGAAUUAUUACUGUCGAAUUUAUGAAAGAUGGAGAAACUUUAAACGGAAAAAGUAAAAAUAGAUUAGAUGGAAAUGUAGCAGUUUUAAAAAGAGGUAUAUUCAAAAGAAAUAAUAAUAAUAAUAGUUUUAGAAAAAACAGUAAUGGAACUAAUAAUAAUGAUAAUAAUAGAAAAUUCAAAAGAAGAUUAGGAUUUUAGAAAAAUAAUAAUAAUAAUGGAAAUAGAAAGUUCAGAAACAAUAGAAAUAAUAGAAACAAUAAUUGA